AUGACAUCUUCAAAAAACCGCCUAGACGACACAUUCAAAGCCCUCCUCACCCGACGAGAGGAGAAGAACCGCCUCCGUCGCUUGACCCUCCGCCAGUCCGGCGUAGUCGACUUCUCAUCAAAUGGCUAUCUAUCCCUCUCCACAAACCCAGAAAUCAAAAGCGCCUACAUCUCACAUCUCCAAAGCUCUGCGGAUGAAUUCUCACUAGGAUCAUGCGGGUCCCGUUUAUUAGAUGGGAAUACCUUGACGGCUGAGAAAUUAGAGUUGGACAUCGCUGCAUUUCACGGCGCACCAGCAGGUUUACUCUUCAAUUCGGGCUUUGAGGCGAAUACAGGUCUGUUCAGCUGUGCGCCGCAGCCGGGAGACUAUGUCGUGUACGAUGAGUUGAUUCACGCGAGUGUUCACGAUGGGAUGAAGUUGAGUAGGGCGAGGACGAUUCCGUUUGCGCAUAAUUGUGUGAUGGCGCGCGAAGUGCAAUCAUCAUCCACGUUGAGGCCCUUGGACGUGGUAUUAGGUGACUUACUGAGCGGACCUGAGGGUCAGAAAAUAAGAGACGGUCAGAAGAAUGUAUUUGUUGCGGUGGAAGGCGUGUACAGCAUGGACGGUGAUGUUGUUCCGCUCAAGGAUAUUGUUGAAUGUGUUGAGAGACGACUACCACUAGGGAAUGGGUAUAUCAUUGUUGACGAGGCUCACUCAACCGGGUGGUUGGGCGGCAGGGGAAAAGGUCUAGUUUGUCAGCUUGGUCUUGAAGAGCGAGUGUGGGCUCGAGUCCAUACGUUUGGAAAGGCAAUGGGCUGUGCUGGAGCUAUUGUUCUUUGCACGCCGACCACGCGGUCAUACAUGAUUAAUUACGCACGAAGUCUCAUUUACACCACCGCAAUGGGCUACCCCAUGUUGACUGCCAUCAAGACAGCCUACAACUACUUGAGGAGCGGACGCGCAGACGGCCAUCUUGCUCAUCUCCUCUCGCUGAUGCAGGAGACGCAUGCUUUGCUCCUCUCUGUCUGCGAGAAACAUGACCCUCCUGCACAAUUAUUCCGCAUCAACACAUCGCCGCCAGAAUCACCCAUCAUUCCCCUAUUUUCAGGGCAGUCCAGGAGUCUGGCGCGUCACUGUCAGCAAAGGGGGUACAUGGUGCGCCCGAUUGUAGCGCCGACUGUGCCCAAAGGCACUGAUAGAGUGCGACUAUGUCUACAUGCAGCAAACACAGUCGCGGAGGUGCGUGGACUAUGCAUGGCUAUUGAGGAGUGGCUACGAGAGCAACUCGCCAGAGACACGUCUUCAAAGUCUGAUAUUAUGCCCAUGCCGGUUGCCAGCUUUGACGCUGCUUCAGUAGUCGAAGUCAGCAAAUUAUAA